UAAUAUAGUUAUGCAGUGUUCUUACAGAUGUUUACGCACCUACACGUGCGUGUAAAAUAAGUAUAAUAUAUUUACGAUUUAACUGUUUAUAAUAUUGUUAUUAUCUAAUUCUAUACUAGAUAGUUUAUUGUCAAUCGCGGUCACGACGUAAAAAUGUUUAGCGGCAAAUGUACCAGCUCAGUCAGGCUGGACGGCAAGACCACCAUCAUUACAGGUGCAAACACAGGCAUCGGCAAAGUCACAGCCAAGCAGUUUUACACACUCGGUGCAAAGGUCAUAUUGGCAUGCCGGAACGUCGGAAAAGCAGAACAGGCCAUAUCGGAUAUCAUGGCUGAAGUAAAAGACGGCGGCCUCGGACAACUGGUUGUGGAGGAAUUGGAUUUAGCGUCUUUCGUGUCGAUCAAACGUUGCGCAAAAAGAAUUUUACAAAAUGAAAAACAAAUUCACGUGCUGGUGAACAACGCCGGCGUAAUGACUUGUCCUAAAGGAAAAACUCAAGACGGUUUCGAAACUCAAUUUGGCGUAAAUCACUUGGGACACUUUCUAUUCACGUCUCUCCUUUUGCCAAGAAUCCGAAACUCGACACCCGCCCGCAUCAUUAACGUGUCGUCAAUGGCGCAUGCGAGAGGUUCAAUCAAUUUUGAAGACAUCAACUCCGAUAAAAAUUACUCGGCUAUUGCGGCUUACAGUCAAAGUAAACUAGCUAAUGUGCUUUUCUCGAAAGAACUGGCGCGUAAACUUGAAGGGACCAGAGUUCACGUAUAUAGUCUACAUCCAGGAAUCGUGAACACCGAAUUGGCCAGAACAGUAGAUCAAGUGUACUUCCCAGGUACGUGGCUGUUGGGUCGAGUUAUUCUCUUUCCAUGGGUAAAGACUCCAGAACAAGGAGCUCAGACCACUCUGCACUGUUCAAUAGACGAAAAAGCCGGGGAGGAAACUGGACUUUAUUACAGGCAUGCUGUUUUUAGAACUAUGUAUUUUUUUUUAAAUAUUUAUUUCUACAAAACUGUGUGUUUUAGCGAUUGCAAGGUAAAAGAACCAUCGGCAUCAGCGAAAGACCCGGAGCUAGCGAAAAAACUUUGGGUAAAAAGCAUGGAAAUGGUCGGCUUAAAUGAUUACGACAUGUUCAACUGCAGCGAAAACACGCUCCCCGAACCAUUGAAAAAUGUUUGAAUUGUGAACGCUAACGUGUAUUUUUUAAAUUGUUAUUUUUUUAAUAUAAUAUUUUUCAUUCCUA